AUGAGCAGCAAGACCAAGGAGGUCCAUCGGACGCUUGUCAAGGCCCUCGUGCUUCAGGCCGGGCUGCCUCUCGUGUAUUCUGUGGCCGUAUUCUGCUAUUCUGUGGAGCAGCUGCAAAUUAUGCACCACCCAGUGUUGGAGUAUCUAGUUUUUCAGAUAGUGGGCCUCGUCCCGGUAUUUUCUCCCUUUUUGUCACUGUAUUUUGUCGCUCCCUACCGCAAAGCGAUCAGCCGAGGCCUCAAGAACACGCAGAGCAAAUAUUAUAAGGAUGUUUCGAGCGUUGGGGCGACUGCGACGAUCUACAUCACGAUUACCAUUUUCCGUAGCAAAAUUCUCAAAGCGCUCGAGGAGGGUGUUAUGAGCAGCAAGACAAAGAAAUUCCACCGAACGCUUGUAAAGGCUCUUGUUUUACAAGCCGGCCUUCCCCUUGUGUAUUCUGUGGCCGUCAUUUGCUAUUCUGUGGAGCAGCUGCAAAUUGUACACCAUCCGCUCUUGGAAUAUUUGGUCUUUCAGAUAGUCGGCCUGGUCCCGGUAUUGUCACCAUUCCUUUCGCUGUACUUUGUCGGUCCGUAUAGAAAAGCGAUCAUCAGGGUGCUGCAGUGGCGACAUGCAAAAUAUACGGAACCAUCAAGCAUCGCAGCUACGGCCAGUGGACAACUCCAGGUUAGCACGGCUUCCGCCAAUGUUAAAUCGCCGCAA